GAAUCUUCCAUUGUCCGCGAUACCGGAGUCUUUCGACUUUUCGAGGGCACAUGGCGAGAUACUAGGCGGAUUUUUGUAAGUGCAUAAGCCAUGCUUGUGCUGGGUUUCAACAUGGACAUCCCAUCCCCUCAACGGAUAGUCGGGUACGGGUUGCCGUGAGACGCACGUGGGUUGUUCAUGAUAAACCAGCGCCCAACGGCCUAAGAUGCUCGGCACGGGCGAUUUCGGCGGGACUAACAUGAAAUCGUCGCUUUCUUCAUGACCCCCGCUAGCCUGAAAGCUGCGGGGUGAUCAUGAGCCCGAUGUCCUCAUAUUUCGUGUCCUAAGCAGACUCUCCUCCUUCAUUCUUCUUGCUCUCCAGUAGCCUGAUACCCAUACCCUGGUUUGAAGUCUUUUCACACUCUACUGCCCAUUUACCACGUACCAAUUAAGUCUGAUCUCCUCCGUAACCACCUCGUCUUUCUCAGUAUACAGAUCUCUUAAAACGCCGCAAGAAUGGCCGUAGCAAACUUAGCUCGAACGAGAAUCCUCGUGGCUGGAGGAUCAUAUGGUGGCCUGGCUGCCGCCCUCAAUCUUCUCGAUAUGAGUCAAGGCAGAAAGGCUCGAUCUGCUCCAACUGACCGGCCGGCGUCGGACAGGCCAGCGCUUCCAGUCCAAAUCACAAUCGUCGAUGAACGAGACGGAUUCUUCCAUCUCAUCGGUUCGCCCCUCGCUUUAGCUACUGAAGAGUACGCAAGAAAAGCAUGGGUUCCUUUCUCUGAAAUCCCGGCUUUGAAACACACCGACGUCUCAUUUCUCCAAGGAACAGUGACCUCCAUCGACCCUAAUACCCGUACUGCGACCAUAUCAAGAACCGAUUCCAACGAACACACACAGCAUGACUACGACUAUCUUGUCGCUGCAUCCGGCCUCAGACGUGUGUGGCCCACGGUUCCACAGGCCUUGAAAAAGAAGAAGUGGCUGGUGGAGGCAGACGGGCAUAUUCAGUCAAUCAAGGAAGCUAAAGAACGGGUCGUAGUAAUCGGCGGUGGUGCAGUGGGAAUUGAAAUGGCCGCGGAGCUCCAGCUGGUGCACCCGCAGGUUAGAGUCACACUCGUGCAUUCCAGAGACAGACUGCUCUCGUCUGAAGAGCUGCCAGAUGAGAUGGCAGAGAAAACCAAAGAACUUCUGGUUGAGGGAGGGGUGGAGGUAAUACUUGGUCACCGGGUGAAGGGCUCAGAACCGGUGUCCACAAACGACGGUACAACAUUAUACGACGUCACAUUCACCGAUGGAACACACAUGCGCGCCAGCCAUGUCAUCAGUGCCAUUUCCAGACCGAUGCCAACCAGCUCAUAUAUCCCAGCCGGGGCGCUGAACGAUGAGGGUUUGGUCAAGGUCAACAGCCGACUUGAGUUCACCGGCGAUAUCCCAAACAACACUUCGCAUUUCGCGGCUGGCGAUAUGAUCGCCUGGUCCGGCAUCAAACGCUGCGGUGCAGCGAUGUUUGCCGGCGCAAUCUCCGCGUCGAAUAUCUACCAGCAAAUGGUACAGAAGCACAACGGUACAGAGCCAAAGUUCGAUGAACUGCCGCCGAUCCCGCCGAUGAUCGCGUUGGCGGUGGGUGCCACAGCAGUGGCAUACCACCCGGACACGGGUCUCAAGUAUGGAGAUGAAGUCAUGCAGAACUUCUUCCAGGACGAUCUCGGGUUUAAUAUAUGUUACAAUAUCAUGGGUCUAGCAACUGACCCUUACAAAGGCCCGGAAGUAGAGAAGUCCGUAGCGUGA